AAAAAGGUCUGUGUCAUUGCUGCCGUCUGAACGUGUGCAUGGUUACAAUUGGAAGAGGUGGAGUAUGAUGACCCUGCUGGCAUGUUCACGUGCUACCAUCUAGAGUGUCAACAUAUAUGUCAUCGUGGUUUGAGAUGUCUGAAAAUGCUUUCACAUACUAAGAGAAUUUGCCAUUUACUGCAAGUCAGCUGUGAUACAGUCACUAGAAUGAUUUAACUCUUGAUCUCCUGUCACUGCUCAGUAAUGUUUCCAGAUAUAAAAAUCUACAUGUUAGUGCCAAGUGUGUCAUUUCAGAAGUAGGCCAAAUGGUCUCAGCUGCUGAAAUAGCAAAACAAGGUCAUAUGUGUCUGAACCCAGAAUCAAGUGGCCUCUUGAUAUCAUUCGUAAAGGCCAGAGUGACAAACAUACACACAGUCGACACGCAAAGAAAAGGAUCUAAAACAACAGCUGAAUUUUUUAAACCACACAGCAAAGGAGGGUAUUCUGGUUUGUCCAUCAUGGCGGCUGCUAGCGUCAGCAGGCAUACACCCACUAACCAAGCUUUUGAAGACUACAGUGUCUACAGUCACUUAUCUGACGAAGAACUAAUUCAGCUGGCCGUUGAACGCAGUUUUACGGAUGCCCACCGUCCUUCACAACCUGCUCACCAGUCAGCAUAUUCACCACCUGCACAAAAUCAGUUGGAGCCUUCUCAGGAUGAACACAUGCCUACAUUCCGUGAGGUCCGAGGACAAUAUGCAGCGAGCAGACAAGUUGCUAUGCCCUCUCAGAAUGUCCCUCCCCCUGCCAAUCCACCCCAACCUGUCAAUCCCUCCAGUGAAGGCCCAAGCGACGGAAACAAGACUGCACAUAUCUUUAGUGGAGACAGGGAGAAGUUACUGGCAUGGAGAAAAAGAAAUGGAUCUUUGGAGGUUACAGUGGAAUCUGAGGAUGCUGUAUCCCAUUUAAAUUCAGCUAUCUGGAAGAAUAAUGCCGAAACAGUGAGUGAAAUUGUACAGAAAGAGCCUGCGGAGAGUCUGAGCAAACCAAACCAGGAGGGUUGGAUACAUUUGCAUGAAGCUGCAUACUGUGGUUAUUUGGAUAGUUUGAAGGUGCUUGUAAAAGCCUUCCCUCAACUAAUCAACAAGCGUACCCACAACAACCAAACCCCUCUGAUAUUGGCUGUUGGUCGUAAACACCUCUCAUGUGUCCAGUGUCUCCUUGCAGCUGGAGGAGAUCCUAACAUAGCCAAUGUAUUAGGAGAAACAGCUCUCUUCAAAGCUUGUGAGAAGGCAAAUGAGGAGAUGGUGGAGCUUAUUCUGAAAUCUGGAGGCAAUCCCUCCAGGGGCAAUUAUGACGGAAUGACACCUUUACAAGAAGCAGUGGGAAAAAAUGUCAGUAUGUGUAAGCAACUGGUGGAAGCUGGAGCGAAGAUAUGGACCAAAAAUACUUACGGCAUUGAGGCACUGUUCACAGCUGCCCAGGGAGGAUGCACAGAAGUACUGAAGUUCCUUAUCAAACAGGGAGGAAAUAUUAACACUCAAGCUAACGAUGGAGCAACAGCUCUGUAUGAAGCAUCCAAGAAUGGUCAUGAAGAGGUGGUGAAGCUGCUUCUGUCUCAGGGAGCAGAUGUGAACAAAACAACUAAAGCAGGACUAACCCCUCUUCAUGUUGCAUCAAAGAAUGGACAUGUGGGAGUUGUGUUGUUACUGCUUCCACACACCGACAAAGACGUUGUGAGAGACAGUGGUAUAAGUCCACUCCACCUUGCAGCUGAGCGUAACAGAGAGACCAUCCUGGAGAUUCUCAUCGAGGCAGGCUUUGACGUCAAUACGCAGCUGUCGCCCGACCACUCCAAGAUGUACGAGGACCGUCGCAGCACCGCACUCUACUUCCUGGUACGCAGCAGCAACAUAGACGCAGCCUCCACAUUGUUGGAGGCUGGUGCUGACCCUAAUCUGGAUACCUUCAACCCUCUUCUGAUGGCUGUGAGGAAGGGAAAUAUAGAGAUGGCCUCUUUGCUGUUGGAGUAUGGUGCAAAUGUGAAUGCCAGUAUGCCAACACACCCAACCAACUUCCCAGGGGCUCUCCUCUUCUGUAUGAGGCACAGACUCAUGUUCAAGCUCCUGCUGGAUAAUGGAUGUGAUGCCAACUCCUGUUUCUCUUGUGUUUAUGGAUACGGCACACAUCCUCCAAUCACGAUUAGGCGUACAAAUAGGGAGGAUCUGUACCUACAUGGACUUGAAGCUCCUCAUACGACAACUGCUCAGUUCUGUGAGGUGAUGGCAGAUCCUUCUCACUCUCCAUGGGUAGGAACUAUAAUUGAUCUCCUCCUAGAUUACGUGGGUCAUGUGAAAUUGUGUUCAAGACUCAUUGAACUUCUGGACAGGAACAAGGAUUGGGAAUACAUCAAGGAUAAAUCAAAGCCACCCUUCUCCCUGAUGCAUCUGUGCCGGGUGAAGAUCCGCCAGCAGGUGGGACACCGGAGACUGAGGCGAAUGGACAGCCUUCCUCUGCCUGGACGGCUCAUGAAGUACCUGUUCUAUGACAAUGGAGAGUCUGAGGAUUUCUUGCAAAGUAGUUUUGACUAAGCGUGCACAGGCUUACUUUCAGUUGCUGAGAAAUGCAGCAGCUCUUUCAGGAUUGACUGUGUCAGUCAACAUGCUGUGUUAAAACAAGCUUCAUUUCGUCAAGCUAAUUUGAUGAAUCAUAUGUCUGUUUUAAGGGGUAGUCACGCUAUGCAAUCGUUUUCCAUUUACUUCCGUUCAACGUAUGCAUGGGCAAAUGCAGAUUUACAUGCUUCGGGCUUUCAUUCUUUGAAUGUGAAUUUUCCAUGUCAUUGUGGCAUAGUGUGGAUUGAUUUAUCAGACAGGCCUCUCUGUGGAAUGUUAAUCAAACCAAUUAAUAUUC